GUGAGCUCAGUUUCAUUAACGACGAGAAAAAAAAAGGGAUUAAAAGGCGAAGAAACUUUUUGGCGCACAAAAGUAGGCAACAUAAAGGCCAACUUUCCUUGCUGGAUUUCUCCACAUCGUGCACCACCAUCAUCAAAGUCACCCACCGAGCAACACUGCCAAUUAAAGUUGCCACAGCAGCUGCCACACACACGCACACACAGUCACUGCCAAAAACGAAAAAACGAAGUAAAUCGAAAAAAAAAGGAAACUAAAGUAGCUAAGGAAGAAGAAAAGACUUUGGCCAGCAGCUGAGUUGUAUUCACUAGUAGCGAAUAAGUUUUCGAAGAACCACUGCCACAGCAACAACUAUAGACCAGCUUCAGCUACAGCAACACUACCAGCAACGACAACGACGACAACAACGACAACCACGACAACGAUAGCAACAGCAACAGCAACAAAAAGAGAGCAACAGAAACAGCAACAACAACGUGUUGCUGCCACAAAACGCAGCAGCCACAACGAGAGCGUCAUCUCUGCCCUUCGCACGCCUCUGCGGCAGAUUCUGCAAGAUGCAGCAGCAUGCCAGGAUUGCCAGGAUCGCAACCAACUCUGCCCGGGCUUGUCACCGGCAAAGAUUUUACGAACCCAAUGCCGAAGUACGCUGGCAGCACUCCGAGCACUAAACAGGCUGAGCGGAGCCACUAGCACCCCGGAUCCGACCAGCGGCGGCAACAGCAGAGGAACUAUGAUAACGAGACUCUACAACACCGAAGAGGAUCCCGCCUACUGCUCGUUCAUCUGGGGCUCGAAUCUCACCAGCAGCGCCGAUGUCCUGGCUGCCAAUGCCACGUCCGUCUUUAGCAGCGACCUGAGGGACGACUUCUAUCGGGAUGUGGAGGAUCCGCGGACGGAAUCGCUGAGGGAAUACUGCUACGGCCUGGUGCUGCCCAUCAUCUGCGCCAUGGGCAUCAUAGGCAACGUGCUCAACCUGAUUGUGCUCACCAGGCGCAACAUGCGUGGCACCGCCUACAUUUACAUGAGGGCUUACUCCACCGCCGCCCUGCUGGCCAUCGUGUUCGCCAUCCCCUUCGGCAUCCGCAUGCUGGUCCACAAGGAUCGAGGCCAGUGGGAGGAGUUUGGACCCGCCUUCUACACCGCCCACUUGGAGCUUUAUUUGGGCAACGGCUGUUUGGGCAUUGGCGUAAUGAUGUUACUAGUGCUGACCAUCGAGCGAUACGUGUCCGUGUGCCAUCCCGGAUUCGCUCGACCAGUGAUGGGACCACCUGGCGUUGUGGUAUUCCUCACCUGUUUGGCCACCGUUAUCGUCUAUCUACCGAGCAUCUUUCGCGGCGAGCUGAUCAAGUGCAUCCUUGGAACGAGUGACGUGUAUGUGUACUUGCGGCGCGACAACACGAUCUACCAGCAGACCAUCUUCUAUCGCAUCUACAAGAUCAUGCUGGAGGUGAUCUUCAAGCUGGUGCCCACGCUGGUCAUCGGUGGCCUCAACAUGCGCAUCAUGAUGGUCUAUCGGCGGACCUGCGAGCGCCGCCGCCAGAUGGUGCUCAGUCGUUCGCAUGCCCACGGACAUGGCCAUGGACAUGGACAUGGACAUGGACAUGGACACGGCUAUUUGAAGGACGACGAUCCGCGUAAGUUCGCCGAGGAGCGGCGCCUGUUCCUGCUGCUCGGCAGCACAUCGAUUUUGUUCCUGGUCUGCGUCUCACCAAUGGCCAUACUCCACAUGACGAUCGCCUCGGAGGUCUAUCCGAGCUUCCCCUUCCAGGUGUUCCGCGCCAGUGCCAAUCUGCUGGAGUUGAUCAACUACUCGCUGACCUUCUACAUCUACUGCCUGUUCAGCGAGGACUUCCGCAACACCCUGGUGCGGACCAUCAAGUGGCCGUGGUUGAAGGGCAAGUUCUGCCACCAGGCCGAGCACGAGGUGAGUGCCAGUCCACCGGCCACAGCCGGAACCGUAGCGGUAGCCGGAACCGGAACUGGAACCGGAACUGGCAACGUUUCUAAUUUUCAUCCGGCAAUACCGGCGCUGACUCUAACCCCCGCAGAACCAGAGAACCGGACCCGGUGUGCCAAUGGCGUGCUUCACUAAGGUGGACAAGGGCCAUCACAAGCACCACAUAACCACCACCUCGGGCCUGGGACGAUCGAGUAGCAUUUAGCCAACGCCCACCACCCAACAACAACAACACCACCACCACCACCACCCAUCCGCUACUCGAUAUCCGAACUCCGUUCUCCGUUCUCCGAGAACCCAGAACUCCCAGCCCAGAGUAACCCCACUACCAUCCAACUCCACAACCGUCUCCAACAACAACAACAACAACCAACAACCACACCACUACCACCUCCACUUCCCCCCAGGUCGUCGAGUGUGGAGGGCCCCUUUCUCUCGCUUGAGAUCCUGCGGCAUUCGAAAGUGUUCAUAUAUCGAUAAGCGAGCAAACGAUAUACGAUACGAUAUACGAUAAACAAUUUACGAUUAACGAUUUACGAUAAUUAAUAUCCAGCGCCACGCAUUGCGUAUAUAAGUGUCUGUGUAUGUGUGUGUUCCUGAAACAUAUAUAUUUAAAUAUGUAUAUGGAUAACAAUUUUUUUUGUAGCACUAGAAUUAGGGAUUUGAAAAGCAUACUUAAUCACAAACGCAUCAGAUAUCGAUAGGUAAAACCAGUUCGACUUUCGAUCAACACUUGCGCCCAAUGAGUUCACCACAAACAACGCGCGGAAUGUGUAUGUCGCAGGAUCGAGAUCCUUAAGCCAAACGUAUAGCUGCAGAUAUGAUAGUUUCGUCAAUGAAUAGCUUGCUUACCAUAAUGAUAACAAAAGAGCUCGUAUACUCUAGUAUAAAAUGCAUCACGCAGACAGAAACAGGAACAGGAUCAGAAACAGGAACAGAAACAGAAACAGGAACAGAA